UGGGAAUUUCGCUUUCACCAAUCACCAACUGAGAAGGACAUGGAGGGGUGUCUGAAGGGAGCAAAUACAGAGUGCUCGUUCUUCUGUUUAAUACCAUUCCAAAUCUACCGCUCUGCAUUUCCUAAAUUCCACUGUUCUUCUCACUUCCUCUACCAGAUCCAGUUCAUGUUCUUCUCCCUAUCUCUCCAAUCUCAGGUAUAAAUGCUCCAUCAUAUUCUUUGAGCUUCUCCACUUUCAGUUUGCUGCUCUGGGGAGGAACACUAAGCAUUGCAAAUGUUGAUGUACGGACCCUUGACACCUGGCCAGGUGUCAUUUUUCAUUGGAAUUGUACCCUUAUUUGCGGCUUGGUUGUACUCCGAGUAUUUGGAAUACUCCAAGAACUCGGCUUCUUCCAAACUCAGGCAUUCUGAUGUCAAUUUGGUUGAGAUAGGCAAAGUAGCAGUUAAAGAAGAUGAUCAAUCCGCUCUGUUGGAGGGAGGUGGGAGCCUGCAGUCAGCUUCUCCUAGAGCUCGCAUUUCACCAUCAGUAACCUCUCAAGUUGUCAGGCUCUUCUUGAUGGAUGAAACAUUCUUGCUUGAAAACCGGUUAACUUUGAGAGCUAUAUCAGAGUUCGGUGCUCUUUUGUUCUAUUUCUACAUUUGUGACCGUACAAGUCUUUUUAAUGAAUCAAAAAAGAAUUAUAAUCGGGAUCUUUUCCUGUUCCUCUACCUCCUACUCAUCAUUGUUUCUGCAAUUACUUCUUUUAAAAUCCACCAAGAUAAAUCCCCUUUAUCAGGAAAAUCCAUGAUGUACUUAAACAGGCAUCAGACAGAGGAGUGGAAAGGGUGGAUGCAGGUAUUAUUCCUGAUGUACCAUUACUUCGUUGCUUCAGAAUUUUAUAAUGCGAUAAGAGUGUUUAUUGCUGCUUACGUAUGGAUGACUGGAUUUGGGAAUUUCUCAUACUAUUAUAUCCGAAAAGAUUUUAGCAUAGCAAGAUUCAGUCAGAUGAUGUGGAGGCUUAAUUUCUUGGUGUUCUUUUGCUGCAUUGUUCUAAACAACAAUUAUGUGCUAUACUACAUCUGUCCGAUGCACACUCUUUUUACUUUGAUGGUUUAUGGAGCCUUAGGUAUUUUUAACAAAUACAAUGAAAAUGGAUCUGUGAUGGCUACAAAGAUCGUGGCUUGUUUCUUGGUUGUUAUACUGAUUUGGGAAAUACCUGGAAUGUUUGACCUUAUUUGGGGUCCUUUCACUUUCCUUCUUGGAUAUGCCGACCCCAACCCUUUGAAACCAAAAAUGCCCUUGUUGCAUGAAUGGCAUUUCCGUUCUGGACUCGAUCGUUACAUUUGGAUAAUCGGAAUGAUGUAUGCAUACUUCCAUCCUACAGUGGAGAAGUGGAUGGAGAAACUUGAGGAAACAGAAACGAAGCGUCGCAUAUCUAUCAAAACAGCUGUUACAAUAACUUCUCUGGCGAUUGGAUACCUGUGGUAUGAGCACAUAUACAAGCUUCCAAAGAGCACAUAUAAUAAAUAUCAUCCUUAUACAUCAUGGAUUCCAAUAACAGUUUUCAUAUGCUUACGGAACGUUACCCAGUCAGUGCGCAGCUACUCACUGACACUUUUAGCAUGGCUCGGGAAGAUAACAUUGGAGACUUAUAUCGCGCAGUUCCACAUAUGGUUGAGAUCUGAUGUACCAGAUGGUCAGCCUAAAAGGUUGCUAUCUUUUAUCCCAGAGGAAUAUCCAUUGCUGAACUUUAUGCUUACAACUGCCAUUUAUGUUGCUGUUUCUUAUCGGCUUUUUGAAUUGACAAAUACAUUGAAAUGUGCAUUUAUUCCAAACAAAGACAAUAAACGCCUGUUCUAUAAUGCAAUUGCUGCCUUAUUGAUCGGAAGUUCCAUAUACACGCUUUCUUCUGUAUUCCUCAGGCUAUAUCAGAUCAUGAUAUAGAAAAAAAUUGAGAUGCAAUUCGCAAGAGUUGGGAUGAGCCGGCCCUUUGAUGAUACCAUCAAUUGCUUCAUUAUAGGCCCUGCGGUACAUUUCGAAGAAGAAAAUAUCAGUCUGGAUGUACGGCAUGUUGUAGUUAUUAGAGAAUGUGACGGGGUCCUAUUCUGUUAGUGUUGUUUGUAUAGUAGCAGCAACUAAUGAUUCAACCUUUGGUUCUGAGAUUGGGUUCCCUUUUGUGUUCUACCCACAGUUGCCCCCAUUGGAGAUCAUGAAUACACACACGCUACACAUAUAUGUAAACAAAUGAUGUUAUUUCUUUCAUAUAAAUAGAUCAUAUUUGUCACACUGCUCUCCAUGUGUGGCUCAACAAGAAAACACAUCAUCAUGAAAAG